GGUGCGGAGGACAUGACCUUCCUUAUGAAAUUCGUUUUUAAAAGUCAACUCCUCGGUCCAGCAGCUGAGGACAUUACAUUUGAUACGUUCGACCUGGUCGACCUGACAGGCUGUAGUCUACCCACCAUACCCAUUGUCCUUCAUCAAAACGCUGGCUCGAUCGUGAUCCUCAAUCUCUCACGUAAUCCAAUGGUUGAGAUACCCCUGGAUUUUAUACAGUCCUGCACGACCCUCCGCGAUCUCAAAUUGUCCAGUAUGGCGAUGAAGAAAGUGCCUCAGAGUGUUCGGCACUCCACCAGCCUACAUCGACUCGACCUCUCAUGUAAUUGUAUUGUGGACUUGGAUGAUGCUGGUCUCGACCGUAUACCUGAGCUCUCGAGCUUGAGGCUCCAGAAUAACAGGAUAGAGCAGCUGCCCUGGUAUUUCCCUCGCCUCAAGUUUCUGAACUUCCUAAACAUCUCAAACAACAAGUUCGUGAAUGUGCCUAGCGUCAUCUGUCAGCUGCCCUGUCUUGUUGAGCUCGAUAUGUCUUUCAACAUGAUCACUGAACUUCCGGAGGAAAUUGGUCGGCUCACUACUCUCGAGCGCCUGAUUUUGAUUGGGAAUCAGGUGGUCAGGCUACCCGAAGAAUGCAGGAAUUUUGUCAACCUACAGUUACUUGACUGUCGAAGAAAUAACAUUUCCGACAUUUCCAUCGCCUACGCCCUGCCCAAACUCCAAACUCUUUAUGCAGAUCAUAAUUCUGUUCACGCCCUUCAUUUGUCCAUUGGUCCCAGCCUGUCGGUUCUGGACGCCUCCCACAACGAUAUCACAUUCAUCAAAUUCGCUCCUAGCUCUCCACGGCAAAUAUCGCACACCCUCACACUGCUCGAUGUUUCCUACGCUAAACUUUCCUCUCUUGAUGCAUUCGAUUUCUCUCAGCUCCCUGCCCUUCAUACUCUGAAACUUGACCACAAUGAACUCCGCACGCUCCCAGACUCCCUCGGUGAACUCUCCCAUCUCAUACACCUUUCCUGUUGCGACAACAAACUCGUCUCUUUACCCUCCACUAUCGGCCUCCUUCAGCGCCUAGAAACCCUUGAUGCUCAUAACAACAGCUUGACGGAGCUACCUGUAUCCCUCUGGAAUUGCGCGUCGCUGAUCCAUAUCAACGUUACCUCAAAUCUGCUUGCUAGUUGGCAUGAUCCUCCUGGAGAUAACUUGAUUGCACCGGCGCCAUCUGGAAUAAUUCUCGAGAUCCCCUCAUCAUCAUCAGCCGGCCACACUCCAAGAAAGCCCUCCAAUGCUACAUACACUAUGUCAAUACACAACGCACCUGAGGAAGCAAUCCCUCCGUUCACCGUCCUCAAGGAGCUCCGUGUCCUCAACUUAUCCUUCAACGAAAUUCAAGAACUGCCGUCUUCCUUUCUCCGCAAUCUACAGCAGCUGGAGGAACUGUACCUUAGUGGCAAUCAGUUAACGAGUAUCCCCACUGAAGACCUCGUGAAAAUGACCCGAUUGUCGGUGUUGUUCUUGAACGGGAAUAAAUUCCAGACGCUCCCAGCUGAACUGGGCAAAAUUCCCAGUCUGACUAUCAUUGACGCCGGCAGCAACCUCUUAAGGUACAACAUUCACAACUGGGAGUUUGAUUGGAACUGGAAUUCCAAUUGGAAUAAGAAAUUGGAUCUCAAGCAGAACAACGGUGGAAAGCGCGUGGUGGAUGAUCAUGGAAGACUCCGUGUUCUUGGGUUGAUGGAUGUCAUGACCACUUUCCUUCCCAAUAUUCCCGAAGACUCUGACGAGCGACUUAACGGAAUGUCGAAUGGGUACCUAACCAUGCUCGAUCUCAAGGAUGAGGCACUGUUCGCAAUCAACAAUACUCUGUCGAAGUACCUGCACGAUAAUUACGCCUCUGUCUUUACCGAGCAGCUUCUUCAGCUGAAGAAAGACCAGAAAGGGGAGCGAAGGGAUGGCGUACCGGACCUGAACAGACAGCUUCACGACAAGCUCUACUCGCAGCCAACUCGUAAGAUGUCACAAGUCAGUGCAUCUACCACCGGUCCUUCUGGACCCGAUUCUUCUCACCUCCGACAAGGAGCCUCGGGCAUCGUGGUUUAUGUUGUCGGCCGAACGCUGUAUGUUGCUAACGUUGGACAUGCCCUUGCUGUCAUCUCGAGCCAAGGGAAUGCAGAACUCAUUUCCAAGAAUCACGACCCUUAUGAUCGGGAUGAGGCGAGGCGUAUCCGGCUCGCAGAGGGCUGGAUAUCGCCUACGGGGCUCAUCCAUAACGAGGUUAACACGUCUCGAGCCUUUGGAUAUUUCCACGACUUUCCCGUUGUCAAUGCUCGACCCGACAUCUACGUUCGCCAGCUUACCGAGCUCGACGAGUUCGUGAUCAUUGGCAACCGCGGAUUGUGGCAGUAUAUAUCCUACCAGACCGCAGUCGACAUCGCUCGCUCGGAAACUGACCCAAUGAUUGCGGCACAGAAGCUACGUGACUUAGCCAUAAGCUAUGGUGCGGACGGAAACACCAUGAUCAUGGUAAUAUGCGUCUCCGACCUCUUCCGCUCUCGACAGCCUAUAACAGACUCUCUUGUGGAUCCAGAGGUUUAUAGCUCUAUCAAUAAAAAGAGGGCAGGGAAAAAAGCAGAUAUCGUUGAUCGCACCAUUGCUCGCUUAGAAGGAGAGGUUUCACCGCCCACUGGGCAUCUCUGCUUAGCAUUCACUGACAUUCGAAAUUCAACACAAUUAUGGGAAGCAAAUACAGGCAUGCCCACAGCAAUGCGUAUUCACAAUGACCUGUUGCGACGACAUCUCCGAACUUGUGGUGGUUACGUUGUCAAGACGGAAGGCGACGCAUUCAUGUGCUCCUUUCCAACUACCCUUGCCGCGAUGUGGUGGUGCCUCAUCGUUCAGCUGCAACUUCUUCGCGAACCCUGGCCGCUGGAGAUAUUGGAGUGCCCUGAAGGUAAAGAGGUGUAUGAUGAGCAUGGACAGCUUCUUGCACGUGGCCUUUCAGUCCGCAUGGGCGUCCACUGCGGUACUCCAGUAUACGAACCAGAUCCUAUCACUGGUCGCAUGGACUACUUUGGGCCCAUGGUCAUCCGAGCCGCUCGUAUCAGUGGGAUCGCGCUGGGUGGGCAAAUCAUGUGCAGCGCCGACGUCGUUCGCGAGUUGAAUGCCAAGAUCUUUGAGAAUGGCCAGGACACGGAGUACUCAGAGUUUCAACCAACUCAGGCCAUCGAGGCGAUCCGGCAAAUGCAGAUAGCCCUUGUCCCUGCUGGGGAAGUGAAGUUGAAAGGGCUGGAGAUUCCGGAGGUGGUUUCCCUCGUCUACCCAGCAGCCCUCUUAGGCCGUCAGGGCUUAGAUGCGUCUGGGUCGCAUCUGAGCACAUCUACAUCCACAGCUCGAGUCCAAUUGAGUAUCGCUCAAGUCAGAGAUUUAGCUAUGCUAUGCCUGCGUAUUGAGGCCCUGACUUCAGGCCGCAUCUUUCGUCCUUGUCCCAAACAAAAGAAGUGCGUACCUGACAUUCCAUUGGAGCCUCUCUCCGACAAAGACGUCUUGGAGCCUUCGGUGAUGUAUGGUGAUCCGAACUUGCUUCUCCCGCCAAUGAACGAGAAAACAUCUGAUCUUGAGAUCAUGAUGCACCUCGAUUCGCUAUCCUUGCGCCUUGAGAACGCUGUUGCGUGUCUGGCUCUCAAGAAACUAUCUGACCAAUCGUCUGCCCUUGUGACAGCUCUAGAAGGCCAUGAGGGUAUUGACGAUUGGACACUUCAUUUGAUAACUUCGUUAUUAUCUCGCUAUUGACAUUUUUAUUGUGAUUUCUAUCUCUCUUUUUCACUCCUCGACCGCAUCACUGUACUGCAUUUGCAUUCAAACACGUAUAUAGUUGCACAUCUUUCUUAUGCAUAUUAAUGACCUGUACAAUUUUUUCAUUCGGACAUACAAUUGAUUACGAAUAACCUGGCAUUUGUAGACCUAGCAAGUGCACAAAUGUCCAGACUGGACCCUAAAUAUGAGUGUUAUUCCACAACGACUUCACUACGAAGUCGGCGGGAUCAGGACUUUGGACAGACGCAAGUUCUAUACUGGAUAUGAAUUAGACAGUGCGGUCGAUAUCUAUAUGAGUUGUUGGCUUUGGCUCCCAUAAAUUCCUACUACU